AUGGAUCUGUCCUCUUUUGUGCAGCGGCUACGGAAUGGCGCCGCCCCCAAGUUCCCUGCUGAUGCAAACACCCUUGCUUUUGCUCAAAAGCUCGAUGCAGAGGAUAGUCUGAAGCACCUGCGAGAUGAAUUUGUGCUUCCCACCAAGGGCUCAUUAAAGAAGAAGGCCCUUAAUGGUUCCAUUCCAGGGCAAUCUACUCAGAAUGGCACCAAUGGCAUCAAUGGCCACUCACAAGAUGCAGACAAGUCAUGUCUCUAUUUCGUUGGCAACUCUCUCGGUGCUCAGCCCAAAGCCGUCCGGGAGUACCUCAACGCCCAGCUAGAGACUUGGGCCUCUAUCGGUGUCAAUGGUCACUUUACUACCAUGGAGAACUCCCCCUUAACACAAUGGCAAGACAUGGCAGAGGACUGUGCCAAAAAGUCCUGCGAUCUUGUUGGAGCUUCAGCACAUGAAAUCGUCAUCAUGAACACCCUAACUAUCAAUUUGCAUGUCAUGAUGGCCAGUUUCUAUAAGCCUGAUUCCAAGAGACACAAGAUUAUUCUCGAGUGGAAGCCAUUCCCUAGUGACCACUACGCUAUUGAGAGUCAAAUUAAAUGGCACGGCCUGGACCCUGAGAAGAGUAUGAUCAAGAUUGAGCCCGACGAGAACAGCAUAAUUCCCACGGAAAAGAUCCUCAGGACCAUCGAUGAGCACGCCGAGGAGACUGCCCUUCUGCUACUUCCCGGCAUCCAAUACUACUCUGGCCAGCUAUUUGACAUGCCUAAGAUCACCGCCUACGCCAAGGAACGCGGCAUCAUUGUCGGUUGGGACCUAGCCCACGCCGCUGGCAAUGUCGAGCUCAAGCUUCACGACUGGGACGUCGACUUUGCUUGCUGGUGCACAUACAAGUACAUCAAUGCCGGUCCUGGCGCCAUCGCCGGAGCCUACGUCCAUGAAAGGUACGGCAAGGUCGAGUGGACAGACGGUUCUGAUGCACCCUCAUAUCGUCCCCGCCUGUCGGGUUGGUACGGCGGCGACAAGAGCGUGCGCUUCAACAUGGAUAAUACUUUCGUGCCAACACCCGGAGCUGCUGGCUACCAGGUUUCUAACCCCUCUGCCAUCGACCUCGCAGCUCUUUCCGGCGCUCUAUCAGUAUUCAACAAGACAUGUAUGCAUGACUUGCGGUCCAAGGCUCUUGUUCUGACGGCGUACGCCGAGUACCUACUGGACCAGAUGGUUGAGGAAACAAAAAGCGAUGCCUCUCCCGUCUUUACCAUUCUCACACCCAGAGACCCUCUCCAGCGCGGCACGCAACUCAGUGUGCUGCUGAGAGAGGGCCUGCUAGAAAAGGUCACACAGGCUCUGGAGGAGAAUGCUGCAAUUUGCGACAAGCGCAAACCUAAUGUUAUUCGAGUUGCGCCUGUUCCCUUGUACACUCGGUUUGAAGAUGUGUGGGCUUACAUGCAGGUGUUGAGGGGGGCGCUGGGAUUGUAA